GAUUUCUUCGCUACCACCAGUCGUUGUGUGGCUGUUGGAUGAUCGAGGCAUGUUUCUAGUGGAACUCCGUGUUUCGGUUUUGGUUCCGGCUGUGAAUUAAUUCGUGGAGUGCUGGGGAGAAUAUGAGUUUCUGCUGCUAAUAACUGUGUGAAUGCUACACACUGCAUUCAAAUUAGGAUUACUGUGCUUUACCAUAGGUGAUUGUGGUUUCGGUGAGAUUUAUCUUCCGAUGAUAUUUGAUACAGUGGAGAAACAGUGAAGCAAUCAAUGAAUUUGGUGUCCUUCCAAGCAUUUGUGUCUAGAGUUGGCAAUUAAUGCUGUAGAGAAACCAAGUUAUUGGCGGAAAAAAGUGAUCGUCACCAAUCUAUCUUUUCCAGAAUAGUGUGUUUCAAACAAGAGGAGAAGUAGUUAAUAAGUACAAAGUAUGUGAUGAGAUUGAGUGGAUUUUACAAACACAAAAAAGGUGUAGAGCGAAGGAUUUUCUCAGCGAUAUCAGUUUUUGCUUGUUGGUUUGCUGCAUAGCUCGAUCGAACCAACCGAACUGCGAAUCUGCGAGUUUUCGAAGAUCAUGUGGGUUUUGGACUGUCCAUAUCGGUAGACGAGAUCCCUAGGACGACCCGAAGCAUAUAUACGAACGAUGGCCCUACGAUUACGUAAGGAUGUCCAGAAAGCAUCCUAUUACGUGUGGUUUCUUGGGGCUCAGGAAGCGAAAGGACUUCGAGGAUCGAGAGUUCUGAUGCCAGUAAUUCCUAGGCUAAUAGAAAAGUCUAAAGAACACGAGUCGUUGAAAGUGACACUUCAGAUAUCCCACAAGGGGCUCAAAAUAAUACAAGGUUCAGCAAAACACUUCAUUCCACAUGGCGCUAUAACAUGUUCUGUUCAGACAGAAGAUAUUGUAGCUUGUAUUCUUCUAUUGUACAAUCCGGCCACCAAGUGUCCACUCCACGUGCACGCCUACCGCUGCGACUCGGAAACAACAGCUCAGGCCCUGAAUGAUCAGCUGCAGAUACUGAUAAAUAGACCCGAGAAUCAGAAACGAUUUGGCGAACUAGAAACCAGACUUGGAUUGGCAUCGCAAUUUACAGUGCCGACAGCAGUCGCAGCACCGGAACGAACGCAUCGACAGAUGCCACGAAGAUACGAUUCUGGACGUCGCUUCGAGUCAUCUCGUGGAAGUGACACAGGUACUAGCACAAGAGAGUCGGAAUGUAGCGAAGAGCAACAGCACUCACCGACUAGUCCAAUAUCCCCGAUAUCGAAUCAAUCCAAGCUCUACGAUUCAUUGGCCGCUGAACUGAGAGAGAAACUGAGCGGAGGUGUUCCCCUGCUAUUGCCGACCAAGGACCUCGACAAAACGAAUAUCGGUGACUCCAAAAGGUGCCGAAAUCCUUACAUUGUCGGUUCACACACAUCUGGCGGAAACAAGCAUGGUGUAUCGUCCCGUGGUUCUUCGGGAAUAGGAUCCGAUCUGGCUCCAAGCCCCGAAAGACAAGAUGCUCACAGUUCUAGUGAUGAGGAAUGGGUGAAUGACCAGGAGACUGCUUUCGCAAUCUCAUCGCAUCAACAUACAAAUCGACACAACGAACAAUAUGCUGAAGAGCCACUCAAUGGUACCAGUAGAUACUGUGAACCACACUCAUCGUACAUAUACCCGAAUCCGAGACUGGAACAUCACAGUAAUUUCCAGCGAACAUACAAUCAGGAAGAGGACCACAGUUUGCGUGGUUCGAUGAAUUCGCGGGAGGAAGAAAAAGUGAAACCUAUAAUUAUGAAGCCACCUCCACUGCAGAGUAGAUUCCAGGAUGCGUUCAGAAACGAUGACUACAUCGUAGAAGAUCGCAAGAACAAAAUUACGAUCGACGAGAAGCGUUACGAUCGAGAGGAUAUCUGCAGAAGAAGUAAUCAUUUCGACAGAUAUAAUGAAAAUGAUCGGGAAGAACCUUUUUCAUACACGAAGCCAACGAUGGCUGGAAGGCAUCACGAUGGACAUGAACAUGAAAAAGGUUACUAUCGGGAAAAUUUGACUGAUCGUCAAAAAUAUCGUGAGAUCAUUUCCGAAUCUUCAAAAUACUGCGAAGAACCAAUCAGAAAGGUUGGUUAUAAGGAUGAUUAUAGAGAGUAUUCACCAGAAAGAACACGGAUGAAUAAAUAUUCACCACCAUAUGACGAUCACCGAGAUUUCAAGAUUGAACGUGAUUUUCGGGACCGUUCCAAGUCGUCGUCCAAUAAAGAACGACGUUAUAUUAGUGAUGAAAGUCCGGAAGAACGAUUCAAAGGUGGGUAUAGCGAACGCAAACCAUAUAAAGACAAUGAGCCUAUCCCGAAUAGAGAAUCGAAGGAAAAUAAUAAUAAAACGCCACUCACGCGCUACAAAUCUGAUGAAACGGAAAAUAAUCGAAAAUAUGACGAUCAAUGGAAACGGGAGCAUGCCUACCACGAAGAUCGUGCUUCCAUCGCAAAUUAUCCGAACAUGGCGCCUCGCUAUCGGGAGGAUAUGAGAAAAUCUCCAGUUAUGAAAAAAGCUGAUGGUCGCAGUAAAACGGUAGAGAUUAAAACGAAUUCCCCAGAAUCAACGAUUCGGAGAAUUUCGCCGAAAGAUAGGUUUCAAACGGCCAAGGAGAAGUUUCAACAAAUGGAACGUGAGCGCCAUGAACAGGACCGUGCCGAAAGAGAGCGCCAAGAACGCGAGCAAGUCAUACAUGCCAAACGUGUGAUGGAAGCUCCACGGAGAAGUUCCAUUGAGCCGAUCGUUGUGAGCUCUCACGAAAGCGCUGACUGCAGCUCAGAUGAAGAUAUUCCUCCAAGAGGAGCGCCACGUUCUUCGAACAACGGAGGCUAUCGUGAGCAGAUUCCGAACGAGAGAUACACGGGACUUGAGCGUGAAUCUCGUAUGGUACCGGCGAAGAGUCUCAGUAAUUUGAAUAGGGGUUAUCGUCAUAGCUAUGCCGAGCCACGCGCACCACCAGUUUCACGAAGCAGUGGCCGAGUUGGUUUGGCAGCCGUUAAUCCCUAUUAAAAUAAUGGCCUUAUCUUGUGUAUAAAUUAUGUGUUUGCUUAUGGAUUGCGAUUGUACAAUAAUUGUAAUGUUAUGCAUACGUGAGCAAUGUGCUUAAAAAGGGGGUUUGAAAUAUACUCGUACAGCAGAAAACGAAUAGUUUAUUUAUAGUUUAGGUUCAGUUAGCUUAAAGAGUACCGUUUGAAGUGCCUUAUAGAUAUAAUCUGCAUGCAAUAUAUUGUAAAUCCGUAACCAUAUAUGAUGAAAAUAAAGCAUUUAAGAAAACUAGAAA